CCCGCCCGCCGCUGCUCGCCCUGGCGCUGACCUCGCCACCCCGCUGCAUUGUGGGAUGGCAGAGCGGAGGCGGCGGCGGGGGAUCUGAUGGCGGCGGCGGCGGCGGCGGUGGCCGCUCAGCAGCAGCUCCAUUGGAGGCGCGUGUCCUCCUCCACCGGCCCGGUGCCCCGCUCCCGCCACGGACACCGCGCUGUGGCCAUCAGGGAACUCAUGAUUAUAUUUGGGGGCGGGAACGAGGGCAUCGCCGAGGAGCUGCACGUUUACAACACGGGUGAGAACCGGGAGAGAGGGCGGGGGCCAUAGCUACACCCCAUGGGCAGAGGGCUGCGAACUACAUUUCCCAUGAGUCUCACUCUCCGUUUAGAUUGGCCGAGCAUCAUGGGAAAUGUAGUUCACUGAUAUAAGGAGUGCCAAGGAUAACUUCACUGCUAUAGGAUUUACCAAACACAGACAUUGAGGGUAGACUAGCAGUCAGGCAUAGGCAACAUUCGGCACUCCAGAUGUUUUGGACUACACCUCCCAUGAUGCUUUGCCAGCAUUAUGGGUGUAAGAGAAUCAUGGGGGAUGUAGUCCACAAUAUCUGGAGUGCCGAAUGUUGCCUACCCCUGGCACUAGCUGUAAUGGAGUUGACAUUUUUUUUUUUUUUUUUAACUAAAUCGUUAACCUCCCCCCAAUCACUCCUGUAUUUAUAAUUAUUUUCACAUUAUUUGGUGUUUUUGAUUUUACUGUUCUGUGUGUCUUCACUGACAGAUCAGACCAAAACUUGACUGUUCCCCUGUGUUUGUGUUUAUCCAUAAGGAAUGAAUAAAUAAUAAAAUGCUUUUGCAUACAUCUAGUUUCCCACCGAAGUAUUUUCUCAAUAAGCCACUGCGUUAGUAUUAUUAUUAUUAUUAUUUAUAUAACGCCAGCGUAUUCUGCAGCGCUUUAUAAUAUUAUAAAGGGGGGGGGGAGUUAACACUAGAUGCAUCAUAUACAAAAUGGUUGAUGAGGAGGACACUGCUCAAGACAGCUUACAAUCUAGAGAGUAUAUGAAGAGUAUACUGUGCACUAUCUGUGUGUAUUAAGGAUGCAAGCUGCAUGCAGUAUGUCAAUAACACAUAUCAUGGCAGUAUAGAUGGAGAUACGAUAUUGCUGAAUUGCAAUCCAAAUAGCAACAUUUAGAUUAUAAUUGCUCAACGUUACAAUACUAAGUUGUAGUUUUUGCUUAAAGGACCACUAUAGGCUCCCAGACCAGCUGAAGUGGUCUGGGUGCCAGGUCCCUCUAGUUUUAACCCUGCAGCUGAAAACCACGGCUAUGUUUGCACUGAGGGUUAAUCCAGCCUCUAGUGGCUGUCUCACUGACAGCCGCUAGAGGCGCUUCCACGAUUCUCUUUGAGUAGUGCUUUCCUAUGGGCGGUUUGAAUGCAUGCGCGUUCGGUGCUGAUGUCGGCAGGAGGAGAGGUCACCAGCGCCGGUGCUGGAGGAAGGUAAGUGGGCCCAGCAGGGGGAAGUGGGGGAACCUAAGGACUUCAUAGUGCCAGGAAAACGAGUUUGUUUUCCUGGCACUAUAGUGGUCCUUUAAAUCUUGCCAUCGAAAUUUCAAUUAUUUCUACUGGUAUUUUUAAAGUGCCACCUAUUCCGCAGGGUUAUGCACUUGGGUAAAACCAAACAGUGCAGUACAUAUAAAUCCCUAUUGUAAAUAACUACAUUUGUAAAGAGUUCAAAGUUGGGGUUCAUUAGAGUCUAUUUGUAACUAACCAUAAUUCUGAGACAAACUUCCACACUUAUGCGCAAAAUUUAUCCGUUUCUAAUUUUAUCAAGAAGGCUCCUGCAUGGCAUUGCUUUUACCCUUCAUUUUGGCCUCUCUAAUUGGUUCCAAAUGGUAUAAUCCAGUCCAGAACUUUUGUUGUAGCCCAAUUAAGUUAGAAGCUAUUAGAAAACAAAAUUCUAUUGACAUCUGGAAACAGGUAAUUUAUAUAAACUUUUCAGAAAAUGGUUGAAUAAAAAAAAAAAUAUUACAUUGAAACAAACUUCAGUGUGAAAGUUGCUUACAAUGCUGUCUAUAUUGUGAGAAGUUUAAAGGAACCACCUUUAAGGGUCCCUCCAGGUUAUUAUGGGGUCCAGGGUUCCCCACUGGAUUCACUUUAUUAUCUAAGGAUUUGCUCUUUGCCAUCAAGGAUCAAAUUCUGAACAUUUAAAGGGACACUCCAGGCACUUACACCACUUCUGCCCAUUGGAGUGGUCUGGGUGCCAACUCCCAUCACCCUUAACCCUUCAAGUGUAAUUAUUGCAGUUUUUAUAAACUGCAAUAAUUACCUUGCAGGGUUAAGUCCUCCUCUAGUGGCUGUCUACCAGACAGCCACCAGAGGGACUUCCGGCUUCUUAAAACACGAUGCACCUCCAGCGUCGCAGGAAACCCCAUAGGAAAACAUUGAAUAAUGCUGUCCUAUGGGGGCGGUCUAAUGUGCGUGAACAUUGCUGCGCAUGCGAAUUAGGUCUCCCCCGUCGGCGGGGGAGGAGCGUGGGCGGGUCCUGAUCCAGCACCGAGGGAUAUCGGCACUGGAUUCAGGUAAGUGACCGAAGGGGUUUUAAGGCAUUCAGCAACAUGGAAUGGGGCUUUCCUGGCACUGGAGAGUCUAUUUAAGUAUUUCACAUGCACAAUGCAAGCAUAUAUAUUCUGCAAUUAUGCCUCUUUCAGGAACGCAGAAUAUCUUGGUAAAUAGUUUCCUGUACUUCGUAUGGGAUUGAAUCUACAUUCUGCUAGUUUUGUUGCUAACACCAGAUUGUAUAUUCAAAGCUUGGACUUGUCACCAGUGGGGUACCUCAGGGAUCUGUACUUGGACCCAUUCUCUUUAAUAUUUUUAUUAGUGAUAUUGCAGAAGGUCUUGAUGGUAAGGUAUGUCUUUUUGCUGAUGAUACUAAGAUAUGUAACAGGGUUGAUGUUCCAGGAGGGAUAAGCCAAAUGACAAAUGAUUUAGGUAAACUAGAAAAAUGGUCAGAAUUGUGGCAACUGACAUUUAAUGUGGAUAAGUGCAAGAUAAUGCAUCUUGGACGUAAAAACCCAAGGGCAGAGUACAGAAUAUUUGAUAGAGUUCUAACCUCAACAUAUGAGGAAAGGGAUUUAGGGGUGAUUAUUUCUGAUGACUUAAAGGUAGGCAGACAAUGUAAUAGAGCAGCAGGAAAUGCUAGCAGAAUGCUUGGUUGUAUAGGGAGAGGUAUUAGCAGUAGAAAGAGGGAAGUGCUCAUGCCAUUGUACAGAACACUGGUGAGACCUCACUUGGAGUAUUGUACACAGUACUGGAGACCGUAUCUUCAGAAGGAUAUUGAUACCUUAGAGAGGGUUCAGAGAAGGGCUACUAAACUGGUUCAUGGAUUGCGGGAUAAAACUUACCAGGAAAGGUUAAAGGAUCUUAACAUGUAUAGCUUGGAGGAAAGACGAGACAGGGGGGAUAUGAUAGAAACAUUUAAAUAUAUAAAGGGAAUCAACACAGUAAAGGAGGAGACUAUAUUUAAAAGAAGAAAAACUACCACAACAAGAGGACAUAGUCUUAAAUUAGAGGGACAAAGGUUUAAAAAUAAUAUCAGGAAGUAUUACUUUACUGAGAGGGUAGUGGAUGCAUGGAAUAGCCUUCCAGCUGAAGUGGUAGAGGUUAACACAGUAAAGGAGUUUAAGCAUGCAUGGGAUAGGCAUAAGGCUAUCCUAACUAUAAGAUAAGGCUAGGGACUAAUGAAAGUUUUUAGAAAAUUGGGCAGACUAGAUGGGCCGAAUGGUUCUUAUCUGCCGUCACAUUCUAUGUUUCUAUGUUUCUAUGUUUCUAUGUGUUGAAUCCGAUAUGUAACGGCAGGGUGAUUAACAGAUGUAGUGAUUUCCAUAAUAUUUUGCCAGUCAGGACUGGUUUUAGUCUGUUUUUGACCUGGCACCCAGACCACUUCAUUAAGCUGAAGUGGUCUGGAUGCCUAGAGUGGUCCUUUAACUAUUUAGAAAAUAGAUGAGUUGAAUAAAACAUGGUGACUAAAACCUAGAAAGCAGGCUUCUGAUUUUGUACUAUUUCCUUAGUUUCUAAUUAAUUUUUUAAACAAAAGUAUUUUUGUUUGUCUACAUGGAGCUAUGUCACGUGAGUCAGUGUUUACACUAAUCCAGUAAUAAGAUGCACACUACACUUUAUGCUGCAUCGUACUUGAAUGUUUGUUUACGUAUGUUUUAGUGUUUUAUAGGCAACCUACGAGGAGAACUCCCUGCUGCUUAUUGAUAUAUAUUUAUUUGUAGAUGUCAGAUAAAAUGUACAUGUAACCUUUCAUCUAUGCAUAUGCCAGCAUAAUAUAUCUCGGUAGUGAUAACAGGUAAAAUUUCACACGUUGGUAGAUUAAGCAUGUUUUCCUUAUGAAAACCAAUUCAGAUUUUAGCUGGUUGCAGUCCUUGCUAUAUUGUCUAUAAAUAAUCAAUGGUGUACUUUACUUCUGUUUUAGUGACAAACCAGUGGUUUUUGCCAGCUGUAAGAGGUGAUAUUCCCCCGGGUAGUGCUGCUCAUGGAUUUGUUUGUGAUGGAACCAGAAUCUUGGUGUUUGGAGGAAUGGUGGAAUAUGGAAGAUACAGCAAUGAACUGUAUGAAUUACAGGUACAGUUUGUUAAAUAACCAUAUACCCUGACUGGUGUAUUUACCUGAUCGUCAAUAUUCGUUCUUGCGAUGUUAUGCUUGUCUAUAUCAAUGUCGAGGCUCUUUAUGGGUUGUUUCAAAGUUUGUCUGCCGCAUAUAGUUUAAAGGGACAAGGCAAGUACAAUUACUAACGAUGUUCCUUGCAUAGAUUCUGGUUCUGUCGCUGCACCUAUACACUUGGCACCCUGCUCUGUUACUGGCUGUAAGCAUUCUAACUAGAUUUCCAUGAGAGAAUCUGUGCUGUGGCUGCAAAAAGCUUUAUUUUUGGAAAAUCGUAAAUGAAGUUAGUUGCUUGAGGUUUCAUUUUUUUUUUAAGCUUGCAGAGAUGUUUCAUUAAAGUACUGAUGAUUCUGAACUACUUAUCCUCUAACACAGGCUUCCCCAAACUCCUCCAGAUGUUGCUGAACUAUAACUCCCAUGAUUCUCAGCCCAUCUAUUUCAUUCAUAGAAUCAUGGGAGGUGUAGUUCAGCAACAUCUGGAGGAUCGGAGUUUGGGGAAGCCUGCUCUAACAUUUAACAGGGCAGAAGAAUAAUGUUAAAGGAACACUCCAAGCAUCAAAACCAGUGCAACAUACUGUAGCAGUUAUGGUGUGCCCCCCAAUGUAAGUCGUCAAACUGCCGCACGUUCUCUACAUAAACUAAACCGUAUGGAGCAGGGCUUAGCUCAUAAGCUUUUGGCUCUACCAGAAGAGGAGAGGCCAGGAAUAGCACCCGCUGGGCUCUAGGUAAGAGAUCAAAUCUGUAGCAGAUCGUUUGACAACUACACUCUAGUGGUUAUGGUGUUUGGAGUGUUCCUUUAAUGGAAGGGUAAUUAAGUUUGCCAAUUAGGCUAAUGCACAGUUAUUUGAGAAUGACAGAUUGACUUUAGGUUGAAUUGUUUCUUUUUUAGGCAAGCCGCUGGCUCUGGAAAAAGCUAAAGCCUCAGGCUCCAUCCAAUGGAUCCCCACCCUGUCCUCGGCUCGGUCACAGCCUUUCUCUCCACGGCAAUAAAUGUUACUUGUUUGGUGGUCUUGCUAAUGAAAGUGAAGAUACCAACAAUAAUAUUCCCAGGUAAUAUUACUGUGUGUAGAAGAGCAGUGACCAGUGCAACAGUAGCUAUUCUGGAGCAAAGUGCUAAAUGCAUAGCAGUCACCAAGGAAACCAGUUGAAAGAUGUCUGCUUGCUCCACAUUGAGUUACUUUGCUUAGAAUUGCUCUUUUCACAUAUCACAUGUGAGGAGAGGGAGAGCUCUGAGCACCACUUACUUGUAGGUAGCAAAAAAAAGAAAUUAAACCAGAACAUUACAAAUUCAUUCUGACAAUGUAUUUGAGUAAAUCCUUAUUAUUGCCAGCUAAUACAAUGCAUAGAUGAAAAUACAGUUACUUUAGGAACAGCCUAGUCAUAUUUAGCCUUAAUCAAGAAAUGUAUUCUUGUCAUCUUCCGUCUUGGUCAGAGGUUCUCUUCUAAAAACACAAUGCUUAAAAAAUGCUGAUGGCGGACCCCUCCAAGACUACGUAAAACAAGGGGAUUUAAAAAAUUUACGGCAUUAAAUUUAUUAACAGUUCGUUGCCUUCUUCCUUUGGACCUUUUCAUAUAAUCUUAUUAGAGUACUAAACUUUCCACAGGUAGUUCAAACACAGGGCCAAUUCCACCAACUGUAUCUUCUGCUUACACUUUCAAAAUCAGUAGCAGGCAGACUUAUCUAGUGCAAACACACACACAAUAAAAUGUUGUAGACUAGCAACUCUGCGCUGCAGGUCCCGCGGAAGCUAAACAUUAACAUAUAGCAGUGCUAUAAUAAGAAAGGAGAAUGUAUGAUGCUAACAUAGUCACAUAUGCUUAAUAUGCACAAAGUAAAUAGUAUGUAUAAAGAGAAAUGGGAAAACUGGGCUCUAAAUCUGGAGCAAGCUGAACAAGCAAUCCUCAGUUUCCAUGGUGACUGAUAUGCUUUUAGAAACUGCCCACAAUUACGGUUUACACUCUACAGUUUGAUACUUGGAAAUAAGACACUACUUUCAGCUGCCAUUAGAUGUAAAUCAGGAUAAUUAUUAAUUCUCAGAAGCUAGUUAUGAUUCUCGUGCAAGUGUGGACACGUCACUGUUUAAGGAUGUUUCUCUAAUACUGGCAAUAACCACUGAAAAAUUACAAACUAGUGGUAUUUAACCUAUUUUUCGGUAAGCUGUUCCUCAAGCUGAUAUCUAGUCCUGUGGGCAUCGUUACCCUAUUAUAAAAAUUACAGCAGAUGAGGUUUCCAAUGAGAUGAUCCAGUAGAACUAGCAAAAACAUGAUUGGUUAGUUGGGCAACAAUGAGUGAACAGGGCCACCAGCUCUAUGUGAUGGAUAAGAGUUUCAGCAGAUUAACAUUUGACAUACCUAUUUUUGCAAAACUGUCAGUGUAAGCUUGUAUGCCUAACUAUGCACUUCAAAAAUAAAGAAUGUAAAAACAAAAAGCGUGUCAGCAGGUGAGAUUAAAAAUAUGCACUUGUCAGGAGCUCUUAUUUAAUUUGUAAUUUAUGGAGGUUGUUGGUUUAGUGUAGCUUUAAAUAUUGGUGUUCAAACUAUUGUGGCAAUUUAAAAUCUGUUUUCUUUAAUAUUCCAGGUACCUUAAUGAUUUUUACGAGCUCGAGUUAUGUCCAGGAACUGGGGUUGUUGGUUGGAAUCUUCCACUGAUGAAGGGGACACUGCCAUCUCCGAGAGAGUCCCAUUCUGCAGUCGUGUAUAGCAGAAAAGAUACAAGGAAACCAAAACUCUAUAUCUUUGGAGGAAUGUCUGGGAGUCGAUUAGAUGACCUUUGGGAGCUUGACAUCGGUAACAUUUUCCUUUUUAAUUUAAUAUAAAAACUAUUUCUUAAACCUGCAGCCUCAAAUAUGUUUAAAUAAAGAAAGAGAGAGAAGAGGUUUGUCCACUAAACCUAGAAUUGUAAAAUAUCAACAAUUUCAGUUUUGAGCCCUGAUAGCAGAAAUGAUCACUUGCUGACAUUGCCACUUGGUGUGCGGUGGCAGAGGGGUGCAUUCCCUUGAGAUAUACUUACCUGAUGGGCGUCACAAUCUUAUUUCUUCCAGUCCUGGUGCUUCUGCCAGGAGCUUAUGUCAGUGCUGCACUCACACUCAAGCACAAAUAAGAAUAGACUAUAGUGGGAUGAUAUAAAAACUCCCCUAUUUUUUUGCGAAUCAUGCAGUGCAAUAGUGUGCAUCUUAGUUUUCAUCUGUAUACAGGGUUUUUCAUACAUAUCUUCAUAUUUAACAUUUAAUAGGUUACUCUUUUAUCCAACCAUUAUUGCUCCAAUUAUAACUGCUCCGGAACCUUCAACCAUUUACACUAGUGGUUUUAAGUCAUUUUGGUUACACAUAUAUAGUAAACUGUGAAUCUGCAGUGAAAAAGCAGUUCCAUUCAUAUUAAGUUUGUGUGGAUAAACUAGUUAUCCCGCUAAUACCUGCUAUGUUGUGAGUUUCUUUCUGAUGCAGCAGAAUCUGAGUGUAGCUGCAAUUUUUUUAAUGCAUUGUCUCUAUAAUGCAUUAAAAUAGGGAGUUAUUUUACCAUGUAAUUUCCUUUAAAAGAAACAUCUAAUGAAGUACAACUCUUUUUUAUAAAUUUGGUGAAUCUAAUGAAGUCAUGUACAUUGUGAUUGAAGUAAAUUCAUAACUUACUAAGGAACUUUGACUGAUUCCCAAGUCAUGUCCUGAAACUGAAUUUUGAUGACCACAGCUGGGAUCCUGGUGAAGUAUCCUGUUAGCUUUCUGAUGCAAACUGCACGGCUCAUGCUGCCUUAGAAAAUAAACUCCAUCUUAAUGGCUUAUAUUCCCUCUUAUUUAAAGUUAGAUUGUUUCCAACUGAAGAGACUGUUCCUGAAAUUGUUCCAUCUCUUUAGUGGGUGCUUGUGACUGGUUCACAAUCCUGACUGUAAAUUAAAAAACAAAAACACAUGCUACUUUCCAUGAAGUAGAAUUUCUUAACCCCCGUUCUUAUCAAAACAAAAUGUAAACAAAACUUGGAAUUUGCGCUAUAUAUCUGUUCAACCGUAAUUCACCUCUUUCAUAUUAAGUGCACCCACACUUAUUAUAUAUAAUUUUAUUCAGGAGAAACAGGGCUUUAAUUUCACAUGAACUAUUCAUAUAUGAAACAUAAUUUAUUAUGAAUAAAAUAAAUUGUGAGAAAUUAUUUUUUUUAAUUUGUAGUUCCGCCUCACAUUCUGGCUGUAAAUGUCAUAAUACUGUUAGCUUUUACUGCAAAAAGAGCACAUAUUUGGAUUCAGCAAAGUCUCACAAGUACUACAGUAGCCCCCAUUAACAGUUUUUACGGUGUUUGGAAAGUUACAGGGUUAAAUAUAGCACAUUGCAUUUUUCAGGUUUUUCACAUUGAAAUUUGCUAGAUUAGUAAUGUUACCUUUGAGAGCGUAUGGUAGCCCAGGAAUGAGAUUUACCCCCAUGAUGGCAUACCAUUUGCAAAAGUAGACUACCCAAGGUAUUGCAAGUGGGGUAUGUCCAGUCUUUUGUAGUAGAAACUUAAUCUCAAAUACUGGCAAUAGUUAGCGUUCAUAUUUGUUUUUGUGUGAAAAAAGCAAAAAACAAAUAUUUGGCCAGUGUUUGUGACUAAGUGGCUACUAAAAAUGACUGGACAUAUACCCCAUUUGCAAUACCUUGGGUUGUCUACUUUUGCAAAUGGUAUGCCAUCAUGGGGGUAAAUCUCAUUACUGGGCUACUAUAUGGUCUCAAAAAGCAACAUCGCCAAUCUGGCAAAUUUCAAUGUGAAAAAAAUGAAAUGCAAGCCUUAUAUUUGACUCUCUAACUUUCCAGAUCAUCAUAAAAACUUUACAUGGGGGUACUGUUAUACUUGAGAGACUUCACUGAACACAAAAAUAAGUGUUUUAAAACAGUAAAAUAUCUUACAACAAUAAUAUAGUCAAUAAAAGUUUUGUUCGUGUGUGAAAAAUGCAAAAAAGUCACUUUUACUAAAAAUAUCAUUGUUGUAAUAAAAGUUGCCAUUUUGAAACACUAAUGUUUGUGUUCAGCGAAGUCUCCUGAGUAAAACAGUACCCCCCAUGUACAGGUUUUAUGGUGUCUUGGAAAGUAACAGGGUUAAAUAGAGUGCUUGCAAUUCAAAUUCUCUGCACUUUCUGCCUGGGUUGUAGGACAUGUCAAUCAAAUUUUAAUUAAUUGAGUCACGUUCUAUGCCGCGGCAACGGCUUUAAAGACCAUUAUGAUGGGGACGGAAUAGUACGCCGUAACCGCGUUAAGGGGUAAAACAAAUUUUGAGAGUUACAUGUUUCUCACUGGAUUAAUUAUUUCUUUUUUAAAUUAAAUUUUUUUUUUUUUUCAUGUGUUUUUAGAGACAAUGACAUGGACAAGUUCAGAAGUUAAAGGUCCAGUACCUUUGCCUCGAAGUCUUCACACAGCCAAUGUUAUAGGAAAUAAGUAUGUAUUGUUAUUGAUAAGUGUACUUAAAGGAACACUCCAAGCACCGUGACAGUACUAGGAGUUCCCUGGAGCUCCCCAGAGUAUGUAGGCAAACCAUAUAAGAAGAGUUUGACAACUUACCUGGAGUCUUUCAGACACCCGCUACUGCUGCUGACAGAAGGGGAACUGACAAAAAGGAGCUUCUAUCUGCAGAGGAGGCGGCGGGACCCUGGUAGGUUGUCAAGCCGUUCUUAAAAUUAUUUGAUUAGCUACUCUGUGUGCCAAGGCAAUCCCGGCACUAUACCCACCAGAGCUGGCUGCAAUGGUUAUGGUGCUUGAAGUGUUAAUUUAAAGAUAAUUUUAGUCUACUAUAUUUUCCUGCGUAAACCAAAGGAGGCACUCUUUCCCAAAUCCCUAUGUAUAUUUAAACAAAUGGAGGUUAGUUACUCCACUGGCCAUUAGAGGGAAUGCCUACCUGCCACGUCAAGGCUAACCUCUUAGGUGGGUCUUACACUAACCUUAGUCAUAAGACUAACCUUAGUUAGUGUAGGACCCACCUAAGAGGUUUGCCUUGACGUGGCAGGUAGGCAUUCCCUCUAAUGGCCAGUGGAGUAACUAACCUCCAUUUGUUUAAAUAUACAUAGGGAUUUGGGAAAGAGUGCAAGUAACUUUUUUUGGGGGGGGUUUUUACUGUAUGUAUUGGGGCUGUUGUGUACUAUGGUCGUUGCUGCUGCCCAAGAGUUGUGGGAGUUUGAGCGCAGGACUUGUUUUUGUAUUUAUAUUUUACUGUGUGCUGUGGUUAUUUUAUGCUCUGCACUGAAAUUCUUAUUGCUUUUUUUUUUAAUCUGUAAUUUCUUGCCUUAUUCCUUUCAUAAUGUACAGCCUAGCACUGUAAUGUUCAGUUUAUCUAGACAUGUGUAUUGUGUUUUUAAACAAUUGAUAGGGCUCUCUCUCUCUUGUGUAAAUAUAUGUAUGUGUUUCUAUAUCUAUCUAUAGUAUAGUGUGAAUUGAGAGAUUGCCUUUAAUAAUUUAUACCAAACAGUAAAGAUAAUACAAAUAUAACAAAAUAUAUGUCUAGUGAUUUUGAACUGGUCCUGAAAGACUUAUGUGGGUUUUUUUUUUUUUUUUUCGAAGGAGAUUGGGGUAUAGGGUGGUGCUGCAUUCACCUCUGUCACUCAUGAUCACUAGUUGUUACUUUCAGACUUGGGCAUUUACUUUUUUUUUCUGUUUGUUAACAAAGUUGACAGAAAUAUCAUAAGUAAUAUAAUGUUAGUGAUUGGUGUUUUUUUCAGAAUGUAUGUGUUUGGUGGCUGGACUCCACACACCAUACAGAGUGACCUCUCACCUCAAGAAAGCCAGUGGAAAUGCACAAACUCCUUUUCAUACCUUGAUUUAGGUUAGUGAUUAAACCUUUCCUUCUUACUUUAGUCCUAUAUUGUAAAUCAUGGCUUGGCAACACUUGGAAAUCCAGAUGUUGUGAACAUCUGGAGUUCAAAAAUGCUGCCUACCACUGUUGUAGAUCAUCAUGACAUUUAUAUUUCAAGAUAAUUGGAAGUGUAAGUCUUCCUCAACUCUAAGUCCGGUCUAAAUCUCACUAAUGGAAGAUGAUCUGUCAAGGAAACUAUUUAUUGUACAAGUAAGUACAUGCUUAGCAAUACUGAAAGAGGAGUAUCAACUUAAUAAUCAGAUGACUUCUACUAUUUACAUCAGGGGUAGUCAACCUGAUCCCUAACGCACAUUAGUGUGCUGUUUGGGAUUUCAGAUGAGCGAUGGUGGUUUCUGCAAAAAACGUCCAGUGGGCCUCAAUAGCCGUGAACCAUGGCCGGCAGGGGAGAUCCUAGCUGUAAGCCCUCUCGGCGCGUGGGCGCUUGACGCACCCUUUGCGGGCGCUUGACACACCCUUCGCGCACGCGGGAGCUGCACCCUUCACUCACAGACUCACACAUAGAAAAAAAAUUUUUUUUUUAAUUUGUUAAAAACCUCCUGCUAAAAAUAAAAAUUUCAAAAUUACACUUGCGCUAUUAAAUUACUUACUGCAGCACUGGUUGGUGGGCGGUAAGGAAAUUUUACCACCAACAAAGAUACAAAAGUGGGCGGUAGGUAUUAAAAAGUUGACCACCCCUGAUUUACAUAGGUUUUUUUUGGUCUUUUUCAAGUGUAAUUGUAACCAGAAUUUUUCUUUACAUAGACUAGGUUCAAACGAUAUAGAUAUAUAGAAUAAAUCACUUAGCUGAGUAGAUUAGCUUUAAACACUCAACUUGUAUUGGCCUACUUUUAACUAACAAAUGGGCAAAGUGUCAUUCUAAAUUGUUUUUUACAACUCCGACAAAAGGAAACCUUUGGGUUCUAAACUUACUCCAUGCAAAUCAUAAUGAGAUCCCUUCAUUAUGAAAAUGAACAGUUCCUUUUCUAGCAGUAGUUGGACCUAAUACUUAUUUGUGACGAUUGCAAUAUCAAAUAUCUGUAUUUUGAGAUACUUUCCAUAGUUUGCAAGCUGGAUCAGCAAGCCUUGUAAUUCAGUUUUACAUUUUCAUUGUUCUGUUAUUUCAGUAUAUAUUGAAUAACUUUCAUGGCACAUGCUUCAUACAUUGUAUGCUUUUCAAUUCAACAGACACGCAUGAGUGGACUACAUUAUCGCCAGAUUAUGCUGAAGACAAGAAGAACUGGCCAAGACCUAGAGCUGGACAUUGUGCUGUGACAAUUGGAAAACGCCUCUACAUCUGGAGUGGAAGGGAUGGGUAUAAGAAGGCUUGGAAUUAUCAAGUUUGCUGUAAAGAUCUGUGGUAUAUCGACACAGGUAGGUGGAGACAUUUACCUUCCUCCUCCUCUUUCUUCAUGUCUCUAUAAUUUUGUAAAAUGUAGUGAUUAUUUUUUUUCCUGUCCUUUUUACUUUACUUUACUUCCAUGGUUGAGUGUUAGGUAAUCCGUUUUUUCUUUGAUAUUUAAUUAACUAUUUGUAAAACUUGUAAAUCGAACAAUUGGCAAAUAGCAUAUAUUUUCUAUCCCUGGGCUACAUGAUACUGUCGUACAUAUGAUGAAGCAGUCAGUGGGGAUGUGGCGGUAGAGUGAUUUCCCCCCCCCCCCUUCUCUUUAAAUGUAAAUAUUUUAGACAUAUGACAUAUGCAAUGUAAUUUAGUAAAUUGGAGUAAUGUGAUACACAGUGUGGAGUAAACAAAGUUCCGCUGUACACAAAAUCCUGGUAUGGCUCAAAUUGUUAGAUAUUAGACUUGUGGUUUUAAGCAAAACACUUAUACAAGAAAUCUGAAUGUAAAGCUGUUUCGGUGUUAUCUCUUUUCAGAGAAGCCUCCAACUCCUUCUCAAGUUCAGCUGGUCCGUGCCACCACAAACUCGUUUCAUGUUAAAUGGAAUGAGAUUCCAACAGUUGAAGGAUACCUUUUGCAGUUAAAUCCCGAGGCUGCGACUUUAGCUGCUACAGGAACGCCUGCUCCCAUUAGUGAAAUAUCUGCACUUCGCUCUCAAGGCAGCAUAUCGCCUGCUGAACAUCCUUCCCCAUUACAUGUGCUUCAAGGUAAUCUGUGAUGACUGAUAGCCCUCCUCCUUUUUAAAUUUUUUAUGUAAUAGUGGAUUUAUUGCAUGUAGAAUUUCCAUUUGAAUAGAUUGGAAAAACGAGAGGGUACUUUUUGAAGUAGUUAAAAUGAAGGAGAUGUGGGAUUUACUUGAUAUAACUUCAUCGGUGAAGGCGUCUUGGGCGGUUAUGUAAUGUAAACUUGUUCCGAACGCACCCUACUUCAAGAGUGUGCGUGAUGUAGUUGUGGUGGUGAAAGGGUUAAAGUUCACGAUUUGUCUGCACUAGACCGGAAAUAAUGAUAAAAUCCCACUCAACACCACCCACACUUAAGCAUAAUAUUAUAAAUAUUACUGUUUUAAUGCUGCCACCACCAAGGCAAUUUAUAAAUGAGGUGCCUUGGUCCCCUAGGUAACUUAAUAAUACAACCAAAUACAACUUAGCACAAUAUUUAAGCAAUUGCAAAACACUAAGUCUCUUCAGGUAACGUGAUUCUUUACCAAAGGCAGAACUUAAUAAAGGAAUAUUUAUUAUGAGCAAAACAAUGUCACAGUGCAUACAAAAAUAUAGAUGACAAUCAAAUUAGUUACACCAACAACAGAUAAAACCAAAAGUGAUAAAAUAACAGAAGUCCUAAUCACUUACUCAGGUUUCAAAGUAAAACUUCUGCCCAGGGGAUCACUGGGAAGGUAAAUGGUGACUCACUCACAAUUAGAUUCUGGCCCCCAAGCAAGUCCAAUACACACUUCAGUAUCAUUAGAUAUAGUAUCAUUAGAUAUAUACCCUGUGGAUUACUAAUCCUCGCCCAUAGAUGAAGAUAAGGCGUACAUAUAUUAACUGCAAGUGACAACCCCCUUGUGUUCCAGACCAACAUCAAUCCAAAUGGAAACAUUUGGUUCUAUCUCCUCUUAUGUACUUGCCACAGAAAUGAUAAUUGCAUCUAUUAAUUUACCAUUUUUCCAUUCCAUAGAUAUGUUACACUCCUUACUCGUGACCCAAUAUAGCGGACAUCACAAUCCCUUCCCUUAUGUUUAAGUUACGCAAAUCAUGUUUGGGCUUGAUUAGAAGAUUGUGCUUGUUCCAUUUAAAGAUAAUAAAAAGUAGGCUUGAUUAUUAAUCUGUGGGUAAGUAUUAAUGUUUCUUUUGGAUAUGAUACUGGAACACAAGGCUAAUGGUCAUUAACAUAUCAAAGGGCUCCCUAUCUAAGACGGAAUCCAGACAUAUAGCAAAUUAGAAAGUCAGUUUAUAUUUAAACCAGACUUCCAGGCCACUUAUUUGUGACUUCUCACACCUUGCAGUACCUUUGAUUAAUCAAAGGAUCAAUUAAUUAUGCAAUCUUGGCGUGACAAAACUAUGUUCAGGACUUUGUAUAACAUAAAGUUUAAAUAAUAUAAUACAGAUCUGAGCACUUGGUAUAAAUUAUUUGAAUAAAUGAUUUAUUUAGACUCCAAAAAAAAAAAUAAAAAAAAAAAAUAUAUAUAUAUAUAUUUAUAUUUAUAUAUAUAUAUAUAUAUUUAUAUUUAAGGAUUGUACAUUUACUAAAUUCCAUUUGGGUAAGCAAUAGAUAACUUCCCAUAUUUCCAGUUAGAGUGUCUGCAUAUUUUAAUAAUUAUAACAGUGAAUGUGUAUGCAGCUCAUGUUAUUUUUGUGUUUGUUCACCAGGCAAUGACAGUCAUGUUUUUCCUGGACUCGGAGUGGAUAUUUGUGACCAAAAUAGCCAGAACAACCUAGCUGCUCCGGUAAGAAAAUAUGCACUGUCUUAUUUUGAAUGCUGCAUCUGUACAUGAAAUAAUAGCCAGAAUCUGUCAGGAAGUCACCCCUACAGCUGACUUUCAGUUUUGAUAAGCACAGUUUCUGGUACUUUUUUUUUUUUUUAGAUCUGAUGAAGAGCCCGGGGUUAUAUCUGUACUGUAUUUUGUGUCACGGCAAAAGCCACAUGAAAAUAGGUCACAGGAGUAAGAUUGUGGUGACCGUUUGUGUCAGACAUAGUUAGAAAUGAGAGCUGGGUAGGAUUGAAUGUAAUGUUUACGUGUAAAUAUCUAAUUGUCAUCGAGAAAAUAUUUGGGAAAGAUUUAUUUUAAAAAAAGACACUGCAGUAUAAAGAUAUUGUCUGAUUCUCUUGAUUAACUGAACAUCAGGAUUACACAUGCAAAGGCCGAUUUUUAUUCAUACUCUACCAUGGAGGCAUUAAUAGUCGUGCUAAAUAGACGUGAGCAGCAUGUAACAUUGUGACAUCUAUUCAAUUGGCUUUACAUCAGCCGAAUGCCCUUUGGUUGUCAAAUAUUCAGUUGCUCCAACUAAAUGUAACCCAUUUGACUAUUGACAAAAGGUAAAUCUGGUUAUUUUAAAGGGACACGCCAGUGCCAGGAAAACAAAGCGUUUUCCUGGCACUGCAGGUACCCUCUCCCUCCCACCACCCAUCCCAUGUUGCUGAAGGGGUGAAAACCCCUUCAGUCACUUACCCGAGUUCCCCGCCGAUGUACCUCAGCGGUGGUUUCGGGUCUGCCCAUGCUCCUCCCCUGCAGAUGUCAUCUGGCGGGGGAGACCGAUCGCGCAUGUGCAGUCGCCGGCAGGGGAGACUUAUGGCGCAUGCGCGGCAAUGCUGCACGCGCAUUAGAUCUCUCCAUAGGAAAGCAUUGAAAAUGCUUUCCUUUGGGGAAUUGAGCGACGCUGGAGGUCCUCACACAGCGUGAGGACGUCCAGCGACGCUCUAGCACAGAAAACCUGUGCUAGAAACCAGGAAGUGCCCUCUAGUGGCUGUCUAGUAGUUUAUGAAAACUGCAAUAUUUACAGCUGCAGGGUUAAGGGUAGUGGGAGUUGGUACACAGACCACUCCAAUGGGCUGAAGUGUUCUGGGUGCCUGGAGUGUCCCUUUAAUCAAAUGCACUUUGUUUGGCUAACUGUUAAAAUCGGCUUAAUCUUUAUAUGAGUUUGCUAAUUCAGCUAUUCAUAAACAGCCAGAAUGCAUCCUGACCAAUUAAUGUGGUCCACUUUCUCAGAUGCCAACCCAUUCCAUCUCAAUAUGGAAAAUUGGAAAUAUGGAAAAAAUAACUUUAACCUUUUGGGGGGAGAUUUAUAUAGGUACAAAUAGAUGCCAUCCUGGGACAAAGUGCUAAAUAAGCAACAGUCACCAAGGAAACCAGUGUCUCUCAGAAUUUAGCACUUUGCAUCCAAAUUUGCACUUGUUUUCCCAUGAUAAAUCUUCCUAUGGUGUAAAAGUAUGUUGAACAAAGCUGUUGUAUCAUUCCCGGAGUUGAUAUUUAAUUCUUAUUAACCUUAAGAAGGACACACAGCCCAUCAACUAGUGGGUGUAAACGUGCCGGAUGUGGCAGCUGUCACUGUCUAAUUUUGUGUGUGUCCAAUCUGGAGAAUGACUUCAUCACUUGAAGCUUUAAGUGAGUAGUAAAGAUUGUAUCCCCUUUCUGGCCAAUUCUUUAUUUAGUAAAAAAAAAAACCUGGUUUGUAAUGCUAUUUUAUAUAUUGCUUACUUGUUUACAUUUACUGAUGUUUGUAAAUAAUCAUCUGUUUGUUCAUGUAUUGUGCUGGCAGUUCUCUACAUUUUUUAAUAGGUUACCAUACAGCAAGAUUAGCUGUGUAAUCACAAGAAGUGUGUUAUCUUGUAUGGUCUGUUUAAUUAUGAAUGCCUGUGUAGAAAGUGUGCGAGUUCUUGUUUUAUAAAAUAAAUCUAUUCUAUAUCUAUAAUCUAUCUUUGUAUCCUCACGUUUUUAUCCAUAGUUGGUGUUCACCUCCAGUCUCCUCACUCAAGGUGCUCUUUUCUUCCUAAUUUCAGUCGAUCUUCUUUGUUUUGUUUUCCAGGACUCAAAUGAGUCCCUUACUCCCCUUGCCAGAUAUGUCAAUGGUCAGUACAGGACACCAGCCAUUCUUUAAAGGCUCGUCUUUGCAGGAAGGUAACUCUCCUGGAUUAAGUGUCUUCUCUGUAAACUCCAUAUGUCCCAUCUUGGACUUGGGUUGAAGUAGUGCUUCACCUCAAACGGACAUCAUAGGCUGGUUCCUGUCAACUAAAGACUCUUCAUUUUGGAAGAUUGUUUCCCUACUCUAUUGUUCACUAUCCCAGGUUUAAUUUACCUUGUGAUCUCUCCCUUUCAUUCACAUGAUGCUAUAGAAAACUAAAUUAAUUUGAGUAUUUCUUUUUGUUCGUUACCCCUUGACCCAAUUAAUGUUAACUUUCCUUGUUACCGUCUGAUAGGCUUAAAUGGAGGAGGUGUUUGGUUUUGAAGCUCUUUCCUUUCCUGACAAGAUAGGAUGAAUUAAUCUUACUGUCCUCAUAGGAAUUCAAGGAAAAUAAAAAUCCAGUUUUGAUUUCUUAUUGCAAAUACAUUUUUAUUAGGAAUGCCAGACAUUGUCAAACACACUGAUGGCAUAAAGCCAUGACUUUAAGCAUCACGAGAAAUUAAGCAAAAUCAUAACGUUCGUUAUUACUGUUUUGAUUUCUUUAAAAUCUGUGUCUGCUCAUGCGGUCUUAUCCCAACAAAUAAUGCAGAUUUGUAUUCGAACGUUGAAGUAUAUGAUAGAUUGUUCUUCUGUUUCCCUCCUUCAGAAUUCAUCAGAUGCAAUUGCAGACCAAGUUAUUGUAGACACAAAAGUAACGACUGAGAAGCAAGCACCAUCUGGUGGAGCCGUGGAGCUAAAUGGCAAGUUGCAAGAGUCGGUUGAGACCAAAUCAGUCGGUAAGGAAAUCACCCCAGAAACCAAAGGCACGUUUUGCAAAGUACAGUUUUAUAUAUAUAUAUACCGUACUACUAGAAUCUAGUGCACACCUCAAUUUUUGAUACCUGGAAGCUGAAAAAUGUUUUUUUGUUUGUGAAGAGACUACUAUAAAACAUUGUGCUACUAUGAAAAUGUUUAUUGCCAUAUACCAUAGUAACAUUGAUGGUAUUUCAAUUUUAAUGUUAGAUGUUUAGUCUAUUCUUUCUUAAGCCCUCUUUUGGGAAUGAAAUUUGUCUGUGUGAAUUCGCCGGAAUGGAAUUCAUCUGUUUGAGUUCGCUAGUUUUAAUUCGCCUGCGAGAAUUUGCCAGAAUACAAUUUGCCGAGACUUUCGAAUUUUGCCCCAAAUGUAAUGCGCCAUUCUAAUUGUCUAAUAAGUAUUCUAAAUUUUGGAAACUUUAUUUUACAAAAAAAGGUGCACAUUAGAUUUGAGGAAAUACAGUGUAUUGUAUUGGAAUUACAUAGCACUAAAACCAAUGAUGAGGAAGGGGCAUCUUUAUUACUUAAUUUAAAUAUACAAGUCCAUCCAUGAAGCAUAUCACUGAACAUUGAUCGGUAUAGACCCAUAAUUUACCAUGCCAGAAAUAUUUUUGGUUGUUUUAUAAAUCAGAUUGUUAGGACAAUGACUGCUUCAUUUCUCAAAAUAUCUGAUGGUUGUUUGGUGUUGUGUAAAAUAAAAAGAAAGUUUAUUUAUCUUUUUUAGUUGCUGCUUCCACCGAAAAAUGCACUUCACAAACAAAGAACACAGUUCCUAAAUUGCCAGUAAGUUAAUAGUUAUAUUGCCAAGAUAGCUUAAUUCUGUUCAGUUCUAUUUACUCAGGUCUGGUGAUGCACUCAGCCUAUCACUGCCCACUCGUUUCAAGUAACAGUAUGUGCCAUUACUCACAGUGGAUGGCCUCGUAGCCUAUCACUGGCUGCCAAGGCAAAUCUUUCUGAUCACUGCUACAGCUGGAGACAGGCUUAUGCCUCCCAGAGGCAACUUCAGGGUUUUACUGAUCAAACAAGGUUUAGCCAUGUAAGGUAAGACAGGGCCCAAUGACUCCAGCUCCCCAAUGACUUAUUUUGGAUGAACUUGUGAACCUUUGGGGACAGUAAUCGCCCUGGAAUGGUCCUUUAAUUUCACUCGCUUGUUUCACCAUAAGGUACAAGCUCCAGUACACCAUAAACUACAAGCAUGGACAACAGCAUAGCAACUGAACUAACUCCCGGAGUCCGUUAAUAGAUCAGAUAAAAUAAUCAUAGGCCACAUUCUGAUUACUGCUACAUCCUGUUUACCUAGACAUUGGAAGUCCCAAAAUGUGCCAUCUCUCAGAAGUUUUUAAUUUGAUUCUAGAAAACAAGGCACACGAAUUAUCGCAUAGAGCUAAUAUGCAUGGUUACCCAAUAUUAAAAUAUAAUUGGGAUAAAUGGGAAGAAAAAAUCAAAACAGUUUAUGGUCUUUGAUAUGUUUAUUGUUAAAGUGCAUUGAUGUACAAAAUUUUUGCCAUAUACAUUGUUAUGCCUAUUUCAAUGAUGGAUGGAUGCCCAUUUCCAAGUUCCCCUUCCUUUCCUACCCCUAAUACAAUGUUUGUAUUAUUAUUAUUACUUGUUAUACAAAAUUUUUAAACUUUUUAAUAAAAAUUAUUUGAAAAAAAAUAAUAUAUAUAUAUAUAUAUAUAUAUAUAUAUAUAUAUAUAAGGAUAUGUAGACACAAAUAACGUGUCCAUUUAUCUGUGCAGGAGAAAAAUAUUUAUAAAUCUCAAUGCAUACUUCAGUAUAUAGAAAGAGAAGACAGGUCAUUUGCUGCACACUUAUUCUCUCCAUUUUUUUCUUUUUGUUGGCAGAUCAGUAAUCCAAGUAAACCAACCGCUAUGGUGAAAAACGGGCAGAAACUAUGGUGUGAUGUUGGGAUCUUCCAAACAAAUAGUGCUGUAGUCACUCACUUCUUUUUGCUGUCAGAUGGCAAACAGGGUACUUCAAGCAAGGUAUCAUUCCAUGACAUAAUGAUUCUUUUCAUUAACAGCAUACUCACCUGUGGGUUAUUUGAUUAUAUAAUAUUUAACUUAUUCUGUUUAGAUGAUCACCUAUAAGAAAAAACUGGCAAUGAAAGAAUAUUUUUAGCAUGUAAAUACAAGACUAAUCUUUAACUGCAGGUGUCUCCUUCAUUUGUUUUGUAAAUCAAUCAUUUAUUUUAAAAUGGCUAGUGUCUGAAAGAAUGCACAUACAAUUUGUAUAAAAAUGCUUUUUUUUUUUUUGUAGAAUUCAUUGUAUACAUAUGUGUGUGUGUGUGUGUGUGUGUAUAUAUAUAUAUAUAUACACACACACACAUAUUAUCAUUAUUUUUUUUUAUUAUUAUUAUUUUUUUUAUUUCUCGUCAUUGUCUAGAUUGGUGACCCAGAUAUAACUGACUGCACACUAUUAAAAAAACACGAAUUACUGCCGGGAAGCAGUUAUCGAUUCAGAGUGGCAGCAAUCAAUGGCCUUGGAAUAGGACCUUUCAGUAAAAUCGGUGAAUUUAAGACUUGCAUACCUGGCUUUCCUGGAGCUCCUUCCUCCGUCAAAAUAACAAAGGUAAGAUUAUUAUCAUUCAGACAGACAAUGAAAGAAAUAUAAAAUACAAGGAGAAAGCAGUGAAAGAGAUGUGAGUCUGGUGGCAAAAAAAAUAUGCAUUUCACGUACCCUUGUCUAAAUUCCGUUUCAUUUUCAUCUAUUUAGAUAAAUUUUUAGGCUUUUAAAAAUGUGCAAAGCUGCCAUAUUUCACGGGGGAGUUAUAAGCUUGGUGCCCCAGAUACUUGUGAACUAGAGUUCUGGAUUACAAACAUCUGGGCUGGCAUCACCGCUAUUUCCAUAAAUUGCUUUACUUAGCCCACACCUGGGGUUUCAUGGUCUAAGACAGCAAAUCAAUGGGGACUACAUUUGGAACGGUUUUGUGAUCAAUUUACUGCAACAAAUUGCAUGUGGAUGCAUGUUUAGGGCCAUAAUGUAUGCAGAGAGUGCCGUUGGGGUUUAUUUAUUAAAUUGCACAUUUUAGGGCAAAACCAUCAAUCCACUGGAUCUUUUUGGCUUCAGUUUUACAUUUUACUUUUUAUAUAGUUACAUUGUAAUAAAGGCUGAAAAAGGACUGUACUCAGUUUGUCUCACUAUUUCACACAUCUGUUUUUCUUGUUGUUCAAAAAAGGGGCAAAUAAUCUUAGAAUCCUAAAAAAAUAAUCCCGGCACACAAGUUAGAAGGUAAAGAACUGGAUGAUACAAGCCUCUUUUUUGGAAAUUCAAACAGAGUUUCCAGAAUCACCACAUCUCGCAUGUUUCUGAGGCAUUUUCCAUUUGCUCUCUUGACUCUUGAAAAGGCAAUUCCAAAUUAUCAGGCUUCUAACAUGCACGUUAACUGUUACAUCCCUUACUAUUCUUUUUAGGCUUACCGGUAGUUGUAUCUUCUCAACCUCCUUUUUAUUUACUAUGCUCUGUAUCUCUAAUCCAAAGGGGUAUUAAUUUGUUAGUUCCUUACUUUGAAAAUAACUUCAUUAAUUAAUAGACAUUAUUAUUAUUAUUUAUAAAAUUCUAACAUCUUCCACAAAGCUAUAUUAUUAUUAUUGCUGUUUAUAUAGCGCCAACAGAUUCCGUAGCGCUUUACAAUAUUAUGAGAGGGGGGAUGUAACUAUAAAUAGGACAAUUACAAGAAAACGUACAGGAAGAAUAGGUUGAAGAGGACCCUGCUCAAACAAGCUUACAGUCUAUACAAUUGAUCUAUUCAAGCAGCUCAGAUACCCUAAACUUACGCUGCUUCAAUCUUUUCCUCUUUUCUUCAUCACUCUUAAUCUGGCAAAGUAGAGACCAAUUUGUCAUAUAUGUUUUUCAUUCACUGGAUAAAAGGCUGCGCUACCUCUGUCUGUUUUUUUCCACUUCCUCUAGCCAUCACUAGCACGAGGGGGAAGGGGGGUGUCUGUGUCUAUGUCUAUCAAUGGUGAAGAGCCUCGUAUAUGAAAACCAGAAUGCCAUGGACUUCCAUUUAGGGAUCGAUGCUUUAACCUGAGCCCUUAUUGCAGAGCUGGGGGAGUCCCAAAUGAAUGACGAACAUACAGGUUCAUAAACAACUGCCCACAAUUUAAUGCUUAGCAACAUAUUAAUGUGUAUUCAUGUAGGGAUGUAAUGUAACUUUGUACCAAUCAAAAGUUAACACAUUUUUAAAGCACUACAUUUUGGGGGCCAUAAAUCCAUCCCAUCAUUCCCUAACUGGCAUUACUUUAUCUUUGUUAGAAGCUUGUGAUUUCUGUUUUUUUCUGCAUAGCCAAAAAUUUGAUUGCUGGGAAAAACGAAAGUAUGAACAAUGCGUUUGAAAUGUUAGUAAAUUCUAAAACACAGAAAGGGACAAUCGCCUAAACAUGGUUAUAUCAAAAGGUAAAAUAUAUUAAUCCCAUUAGUGUGUAAAAUGCAAUUUUUAUUUUUUUUAUGUAUGUCACAGACGGCAGAUUGUAUCCAUAUAUCCUGGGAGACUCCUUCCUCGCCCACUGGGAAUAUUUUAGAAUAUUCUGCUUACUUAGCCAUACGCACAGCACAGCUUCCAGAGGCCCUGAAUCAGCUUGUCUUCAUGAAGAUUUACUGUGGUCUCCAAACUUCUUGUACUGUAACUGCCACGCAGCUAGCAAACGCUCAUGUCGAUUGCACCUCCAGGCCUGCUGUUGUGUUCCGGAUUUCUGCAAAGAAUGAAAAAGGCUACGGACCAGCUACACAAGUUAGAUGGUUACAAGGUAGGUAAUGUAGAAUGACAUUUUAUUCUGAAUGCUUGAGAUCUAAUAAAACUUAUAGUAUAAAGGAAUCUACUAUCCCUGAGAAAAUAACAUAAAUAGUUCGCCAGCAAAUGCCUGGAUUCCAGCAAGUGACCGUUAUUCUUUUGGACCUAGAAUAUGUGUCUCUAAGGACAACAGUCAUAAGUUUUUGUUUUUUUUAAUUAUUGAAAUGGAAAGAUUACAUGUAUUGUUUUGUAAUACACAUAACUAUUGUUGUACAGUUAUUAUUUGGGCAAUCAAUUCUUUCAAGAUGUACUGCAAAAAAAGAAACCAAGGACAAAUAUAAUCCCACACCUGGCCACAAAAGUUGAGUAAUGAAAAAGAAAGUAAUAAAAUUAUCAAAUAAUCCAAAUAAAUUGCCGAAGUUCUGUCAGUGUAGUUAUUAGCAAGGACAAGAAGAGCACAAAGUAUGAGGAUGUGAUUAAAUAAGGAAGCAAAAUGAAAUGUGGGAAAAAGAAGGGACACGUGUCAAAGACACCCGUGCCACCAGCCCCGGCAUGGUGUUGGUUUACUCCUGUGCCAUCACCUUGAUACACUGAGCUAUUAAGAGUCACCAACAGGAGCCCUAGCAUCUGAAUAGUUUUGCUGCAUAGGCCAGCCAGGGUCUCAAAGUGUCUACAUACUUAGCUCAACAAUCUAAUAAAGCAGUAGUAAGCGCCUCCAUGGCUCGAAUUUUUUCAGACCACAUUAGCUAUUUCAUACUUACAUUAGCUAUUGCAUAUGUAUUCUUUCAUAAAAAGGUUUCAUGAAGGUACACCAGCUGUCCAUUACCUGCAUACUCCGGGGUCAGAAAAUAUGUGCUUCUGAUUAGAGAGGACUUGAAGUUGGCUGGACCACGGAGCAAGGCUAAGCCAAGAGAUUUAGAAAUGUAUGUGUGCAUUGCAAAUGUGUAAGCACAAAAGCUAUAAUGCAUGCAAUCUUUUAUUUUACAAAAAUAAAAACACGUUCCUUUAAGAUGUUCUAUUUCCUAUUAUCGUCAUAAGGUCUACAAGUCUGACUACCGUCUCUCACAGGACUGCUCAUACUGCAUUACAGUCAGUGCUCCCAUGCAGUCUUUUAAAGGUGUCCUGAAGCGAUGGUGACCACAUUAUUUUGCAGAAUAAUGCCUUUUCCUAUUUGUCUGAAGGAAACAAACUAGCUUUCCAAAUCCAAAAUUGUAUAGAAAUAAUCCAAAACAAUAUAUUUAUUGCACAUUUUGUAACCACUUUUAAUUUUGUAGACCAUUUCUGUGUUUCCAUGUUUUGCGUUUGAUUAAUUUGGCAAUGAUAUGGUUUACUUCAAACCUGUUCAUGUCAUGGGAUCUAGACAAUGUUGGUUUUUAAAAAAAAAUUAGAAUUUGUGUUCACAGUUGUUUGCAGGUUAACAUUUUAUUAACGUUUUGAAGAAAUCUACAAAUGCACACCUCCCAACAUUUCAAGUGGACAAAGAGGGACACUUUAUUUUUUAGGGGUGUGAGUGUGGCUGUUCUGUUAGGUGAUUUACUAGUAACAAUUUGUCCAACAAAAAUGUAAUUUAGAGAAAUGUACUUUAUGUGCAUAGACUGAUUUAACACAUUUAUUUUAGUUAAACACACCUAGUGUUUUAUUGCUUUGGAGCUCUGUUAAACACACCAACAAUAUAACGUUAUUAAAUAGGAUCAUUGGCAGGUAUGCAGAGGGGUGUUUUCCUUGUUUCAUCAUGUGACCCCAAACCAUUGGCCUUUUAUAUUGAAACAAAGUUGUUGGAUCUAGUCUGCUGCUUGACUUGCAGUCCUGGAGUCUGCAAAAAAUGCAUGUGCAAUUCUUAAUUUCUGUGAUGGUUAUUACACACCACAAACCUCUUGGCCUAUUCUUAUCAGGCCCAUCACAUUAAUGGGCGAACCUGCUAAUAGAAUAUAAAUUGCCUCUUAGAACAAUUAUUAAACGCUAUAGCACAAUAAUUGUAAAAAAAGUUUUCUUUUGGUGGGUGUUCUGUAUUUUUUUUAUACAUAAUUUUUAAUGCUGUUAAUUAAAUUUUAGAUUCAUCCAAAAAUAAAAAGGAAAUGAAGAAUACAGAAAAACAAUAUGUGCCAACAUCACAAAGGUACUUCCUGACACUAAUCAACAGGCUAUUCACCCCUGUCUGUAGAUCAUACUCUGAUGUUUCAGUCUCAAUAGACGUUUAAUACACAUGACAAAAUAAAGUACUCACUGUUUUUUUUUCAUAAUAAUGACCUUUUGCUCUUAAAGCGGCUCUAUCACAAGGCAACUUUUUUUUUUUUUUGCCACCACAUUCCACCACGUUCCAGUAGUCCCACCACAUUUUUUUGUUGUUUUGUUUGGUUAUGAAAUUUGCCCUUUUUGACCUUUUCCUUAAUUCAAAUCACUGCCAUCUUGAGGAUCCCAGCGGUGACAUUUACUCUUGCCUUCAUUUUCCCAUAUCUCCUUCUUGGACAAGAGAUAUCAAAUGAAUCGGGGAUGAACGUAACGGCCAGGUGAAUAUUGAAGGAAGAUGGGACCUAAUAAGUGGAGGUGGCCUUCAGCUCCACCAUUUGUCAAAUUUAGAAAAAAAAAUACACAACACAAGGUAUCCCUACUACAGAAACUAAGGGAAAAAAAGUACUGAUUAGGGAGAGAAGAUGAAAGAAUUAGAGAAAGGUGAGUUUGAGGUGUCAGAGCCGUGUUAACAUGGUCACAUUAAAGGCGUUGACGCUGGCGGCUAUCUGUCUAUCACAUAUUUUUUUUCCUUUUCCAGUGAACCGCUGUACUGUAGUUAGUAUGGAUUUUUACAGUCAUUCUGACUCUCGCAUCAUAUCAGUUAUUUAUCUGUUUUUGCUCCUGUCUUAAUUAUCCAUUACACUUUAGUUGAAAACAUAGCUUUUUUUUUUUUUUUUUUUAUUUAUUGGGGUUACCUUAACAUUUGACACUGGGCUAACAAACCAUAGGCCAAAUUAUUCCUCAGACACAACAAUGUUUCACAUUGCCAGAGACAAGGGACAGGUUCUGUGUACUUAAGGGCACAGUAUAGGCAUCAUAACAACUUCAUCUGAAUCGUAUCUUCAGGAGUUUUUGAGUGGUUUAACCCCGAAGUUGCCUCCAGCACCGGUUUCCCCGGUAGCAUAUGGCUUCUCAAAUUUCACUUACAGGAAGCGUGGAGUGCCACCCGGCAAGGGCAACACCAAUCAGUGACUCCCUAUUCACAAAACGGUCUUGGAAAAGGUUUCUAUCCAAGCCAGUUUAUUGAAUGGGAAGUCACUGAUUGGCUGAGAGUGUCAGCUGGCUGCUCUCAGCUAAUCAACGGUGCCCCUGUCUGGCGGCACUCUGUGCUUCCUGUAAGGGAAAUAUCAGAAACAGGGAGGAGCUGAGACCGGCACUGGAGGCAACUUCUGGGUUCAACCGUUCAAAACGCAAAGAAGGAGAGACAUGCAGAAUUUAAACAUGGAGUACUACAUUGAUUUCUUGUAUAAACAGAUUUGAUUUGAGGGGUCAUUUAGAUAUAGUUUCUGUUUUUAAAUUGUUUUAUCCCAACUCUGUACUAAUGGCACUAACAAUAUAUAUAUAUAUAUAUCCAAGCAUUGGAAAGAUAUAAAAGUGGGAUGGGGUAGGAGGCCAGUAGAGGGUGCAUCAUUGACACAUUUAGCAUCACUAAUAAUGGGUAGAUCAGUAGCGGAAGUGUGAAUGCAAAUCAGGCUGACUGGCUCUGUGGGUAAGGCAGUUUGCUCAGCACAAGCAUUUCUGGUGAUGUGCUCUCAUUUUUAGAGGACAUGUUCUUGGUCUUCAGAAACAGGACACAUGACUCCAAAAGCAGGGUAGGACUCUGCAAUGGGGACUAUCCCUCCCAAGGAGGAUCAACUAAAAAGUAAGAUAAAAACAAUAUUGGUGUUUAUGGUAAUUAAAGCAUUUAAGGUUUUUCAAUACAACGUUGAACAAAAAAGAAAAAUAAUUAAAAGCAUAAAAAAAGUUGAAACAUUAUUUGAAUAAAUAUGUUGAAUGUGCAGACUGGGUUUAUUCACUAAACUGCACCUUUUUUUUUAAAUUUUUACUAAAAUUAGUCAAUUCUUCACAAUUUGCUGUUGAGCAAAUUACCCAAGGAUCCACUCUUUUCUUAUUUUAGCAAACUGUAUAUUUAUGUCUCUUUGAUUAUACUGUUACUAAUGCCAUCAUCACAAGUUCUCCUCUUGGCAUCCUAUGUCUCUUUUUCGAAUGCCAGGAGGACUGUUUUACCUAACUGUUUGGCUUCUGAGUCUACUGUUCAUGUCCUAAUGUUGAUCCAGUCCUGUUUACGGAUUUUAAGUACUGUCCCUUUACUGCUUUCAUGUCUCUUUCACAGGAGUGUUUCAUCGUAACAGAGUUUUCAUAAAAAUAAUAAACUAUCAUCAUGUUUUACAGCAGAGAAAACAUGAAGUUCAAAUUGGAGAGCCCAUGACCAGAAGAGAAAUCCCAGAAUCAAACAGAUGUUUGCCAAACUGCAAGGAAUCCUUUCCCCACUCUGGAAAUGGAGCUAUAUGUUUCACUUUUUUGUAAUUUUUUUUUCUUUUUUUUUUAAAUCUCAAAAUGUUUAUUUUUGCAUUAUGCUUGUUAUAAGUCUUAUUGAAUUGAUAUACGUAUAUAAAUGACUAUAUAUCUUUUUUUUUUUUGUUAAAAUAUAAUCAUGCGUAAUGUACUCAGGUGGGAUUACAUGGUGCAGUUUCUGUUUAUAAGAAGCUGAAUUUUUGCUUCCCUCUUUUUAUUUAUUUAAAAAAAAAAACACCACUUACCUGUACUAUUGAGUAUUUGGUUUUAAGCAAUAAUGUGGUGCAAAGGGAACGGAGGGAUUUUAAAAUAGUGCAAUAUUAAGACAAGUAGCACUUCCCAAUAUUAAGGGGUAUCGUGCCAGUCUUUCAUGAUGAGAUUAUUGGGGUAUAAUGAAAUAGAGUAUCACCUAAACUAUUUUCUUUGUAUACUUUUAUACAAGAAAUAAUCUAUAAAGCAAAGCACUUUUAAAAGAGCCAUUUUUUUUAGACAUAGAAAAAAAAGAAACCCCUUAAUGUAAUAUGCAGAGACGAGGAGUGUCCUUAUACAAAGCUAGAAAUCUCAAGCUGAACCAGUUGGGAAAAUAUAUAGCUUGCAACAUGCAAAGUUAGUUCCAUUCAUUGAGCCAUAUUGCUUUAGUUAUGCUAGUAUGUGUAUAAUCAGCAUGCUUAUUUAUUAUAUUUUUUGAUAUCUUAUUGGAAGGAACUUGUAACAGAUAGGAAGGGUUCAAAGAAAAUAGUUACUUGUACAAAAUUAUACAUGUUUAUUUUUUUAUUGUGCAAUUAGAUUUUUUUGAUUUUUUUUUUUUUAAAGACUGCUUUGUGGGCUAUAAUCCAUGUGAGUGAAUAAAUGUUCAUUGGGUAUACGUGUCUUUUGGUAGAGAAGCCUACAGUGUGGAUUGAAAUGUCAGUGCUUGGAUUGGUCAAGUUAAUAUUUAUAUUUAGUGCUUUGCUAUAUUUUUUGUAAUAGGUAUUUAAGGGGUACAUUUCAUUUGGUCUAGGCAUCCCUGCUCCUUGACUUCCAAAUAUAGGUCGGAUUUAUUAACCAGAGUAGAUCUGUGGAAUUGAAUAGUCUGUUAUAUAACAGUCAGGUUAGCUGAUGAUGCUAUAACUUAAAGGGUCACUCUAAGUACCAUAACAAAUUCAGUUCUAUCCAGAUUGGACACCUGCUAGUGAAAUACAAAAUCCUGUCCAGAAUUGAGUGGGAAUUCCAUGCUUUAGAAUGAUAUAUUUACAAUGCAGGUUUUUCAAAUUGCCUUAAAAAAACGUUGAUCCAUAUACAGGAUUAAACAAAUAUAAUAGGACAACUAAUGUGAUUUACAGAUUGCUGUAGAAUUGCUCUUAAAGGACCACUCUAGGCACCCAGACCACUUCAGCUUAAUGAGGUGGUCUGGGUGCCAGAUCCAGCUAGGGUUAACCCAUUUUUUUUUAUAAACAUAGCAGUUUCAGAGAAACUGCUAUGUUUAUGAAUGGGUUAAGCCUUCCCCCAAAGCCUCUAGCGGCUGUCUCAUUGACAGCCGCUAGAGGCGCUUGCGUGCUUAUCACAGUGAGAGCACGCAAGCGUCCAUAGGAAAGCAUUGUUGAAUGCGCGCACAGCUCUUGCCACGCAUGCGCAUUCAGCCGAAGGGGAGGAGUAGAGGCGGAGAGGAGGAGGAGAGCUCCCCGCCCAGCGCUGGAAAAAGGUAAGUGUUACCACUUUUCCCCUUUCCAGAGCUGGGCGGGAGGGGGUCCCUGAGGGUGGGGGCACCCUCAGGGCGGGGGCACCCUCAGGGCACUAUAGUGCCAGGAAAACGAGUAUGUUUUCUUGGCACUAUAGUGGUCCUUUAAUGCAUUACCCAUAGGAAUCCAGAAUCAUCAUGUAUUUCACUUCCCAAACAAACUUUAAAGCCAAUGUAAGUGAAAUACAAUAUCAAACAAAUCUUAAAUGUAGGAAUUUUGCUCACAUCUUAGAAAAUAAUAAUAAGUCAAGUAAUACAAGUUCAAGCAAUGCAUUUUUAAAGAAAUCUAUUUUCUGGUAUAACUCCCUGUAUAUUUCAGCGAUGAGUUCCUUUUUAGCAUAAGAAGUAUAGUAUAAAAUCUGUUUUCAUAAAUCUUUAGACAUGAUGUAACCAAUGUGCUUUACUUGAAAUGAUUGUCAUAUUUCGAAUGAGUAGCUUACUUUUUAAAGACAGACCUGGGAAACGUCUAAGUUAUUUUUGCAAUAUUUUUCACGGACAAUGAUAUAUAUUUUGAAGUGCACUAAUGGUAGUAGAUACUCUUCAUAGCAGGCAGUGUGUUGUAGCUGUAUAGUGCUAUUGAUGGUAUUGUAAUAGCAAUUAUACUAUUUUGUGAUAAAUAGGAGUGUUGCAGGGUUAUACAGUAAAGUGAAAGGAAAAUUAGUGGUGCUGAAUGCCAGUCUUUAAAUACCUUUUUGAUAUGAAAUGAAUCUACAAAUGGCACAUGCAGAUCAGCCGUUGCUAGGUGGGUUUUGACAAUUUGUUGACCUCUGUUUGUGGAAGUGUAUGAUACACUGAAGCCAUCAUGUAUCAUUUUUUGGGUUUUGGGAAACAAUGACUAUCACUUAAUAUAUAAGGCAAGUGGACUUGAACUUCAUAUAUAACCAUAAAAUGUUGUAAUGCGGAGUCGUGACAGCUAGCUGUGCAACAGAGUAUUAACUAAAGGCUGACUGAGUAUCACAGCAAAUGUAGGUAACAUACAAGAUUGUGCCAAGAUCAGCCUUCACUAAUUUGUGGUGUUCAUGCCCAUCCUUUGUACUUGUCGUGAUGUAUCUGCAGAAAGGAACAAGUGCCUAGGUACUUUUGCCAUAGAUUCAGUGUUGGCGUUAUUUUUAAUUAUUGUAGUUUGCUACUUUGCAAAACUAAAAGCAGUUUGGUGUUGAUGACGUUUUGUAGAGUUCAUUGUUAAAGGAACAGUCCAAGCACCAUAAUAACCUCUAUAACCCACUGUAGUGGCUACAUCAACAGGCGUGUUCUGGCACCUUUCCAGAGUAAUUUGUCAGGAGAAGCCAGAUGUCUCCCCUGGGCAAUGCAUGGCUAACAGGGCCGCACUUAUCAGAGCAGCCCCGCUUAGUUGAGUCGAGUUGGAAACCGCGCUAUGCAUGCCCAGGAGAACAUAGCUAUGUUGUCAGGCUGUUUUGACAUAUCACUCUUUAAGGAAGAUAGCGUACUCUUUGCACCACAACCAUUACAGCAAACUGUUAUCGUCAUGGAACUUGGAGUGUUCUUGUAGGAUCAGGAGGCAAGUUAUUACAUAACAAGUGAAUGUGCGGUUUGUGGAUUUAUAAUAUGACAUGGUUACUUAUUAAAGUGUAACAUUUCUGGAGUUUAAAGUGAACUUUAAAGGUUAGGCCAAAAUAACUGAAUCAGAAACCCUUUCUAAGCUGUUUUCAGUGUGGUUAUUUCGGUCUUAAAUUCUAAAUUAAGUCUGAAUUCUUGAGCAGUCGUACUUUAGUGGAUAACCCUGUUAGUGUAAAAAGGUUUGAAAUUAUUGAUUCAACUUUUUCUUUUACUGACCAGAUUUUUUUUUUACAUAUGACUUUCUGCAGUUAUUGUAAAUAAUAUUCUGAGUCUAAAUGAAGCAUGUGCUUAGGUUAAUGUAAUUGUUUAAUAACCUUUUGUGUAAAUUGAAAUAUAAGUAGGAAGACUGCCCUGUGCUCAAGCAAUAGUAUGUUAUAAUGUGGCCUCUUAAUAUUUUGCAUUUGAAUUUGUAAUGGAUACCUUAGCUGGAGUAUAUAUUCUUGUGAGUGUUUGGUUACUAUAUAAAUAUAUAUAUAUAAAAUACAUAUAUUUUACAAUGGCACAGAGUGCACUUAAUUUUUUUAAAUUAGGCAUUUUUCUUUGUUACCGAAAGAUUAUUUUUAUGCUGAGGAAUUCUAAGCAACCUAAAUCAUGUGUAUGCAGCAAUGUUUUCUUUGUACAGUUUACAUGCAGUCUAGAAGUAUCCCAAGAAAUGAAUUAUGGGAAUAGGUGAAAGGGAUUAUGGAUUGUAACUAACCAGCUAGAUUUUCAAGAAAUGUUUGAGCUGGGAAAUCCCUUAGCACUUGGUGUGUUAGUUUUACCAGAUACCAGCAACUACCUGCUGUUGGUACAGACAUACAUAAUCAUUUGACGGAAACCCAUUAACUGUAAUAUAGCCAAUGGGUAAGAGUUUAUCAAUGUAUCGAGACUUGGUAUUGGUUUUCUUCUAAAGAAGUAUGGGGAUAUGCAGACUGACCUGUUCUUGGCAGAGUUGAUAUCAAAUUCUAUUCCUUUUAUGCUAAGGAUUGUAGGCAUUUUGGUACUGAACUGUAAUUUGUUUCUAGGCUUGUGUAAUGCUGCCUUAUGGUUAGGAGCUCCAGUAUGGAGAUAAAUGAUUGGAUGUGCAAUGGUUUGCCUUCAAGCUAGUUUGCCAUUAAAGGAAUACUCCUAGCACCAUAACCACUGCAGCUGUCCGUAGUGGUAAUAGCGCCAAGAUUGCCCUGGUAACUCCCAGAGUAACACGUCAAACCAAGAAGGGUUUGACAAAGUAUCUGAGUCAACCAUUGCUCACUCCACAAGAUAUUACUCUUGAGCUAAGCACAGCCUAAUAAAUCGCUCAAUGGCUGAGAGCACUCUUCCAAUGAGGGCAGCCCUGCAUAGGUCAGUGGAGAUAACUGGAUUCCAUCUGCAGGAGAAGUCAAGGACAGGCUGUGUGACUGCAGACACUCGGGUAAUUUCCAAACUGUUAUUAAAUAGUUUGCCAAACUGUGGUGGGAGUUUGCCAGGGGACUUUUGGCACCUUAACAACUACAGCAGGCUGUAGUGGUUAUUGUGCUUGGGGCGUUCCUUUAAAAAGAGUUACUGACCUAAAGCAUGUGAGCACCUUACUCAACCCGUUUUAAUAUAGUAUUGAAUAAUAAUUGGAGGAGACGUUGCUUUUAAUUAACAAAGAUUGCAGUCGUGCAUCAUGUAAUGAAAAUAAAAUUGCAAUCUAAAACCCAUAUCCAAUUAUAGCAAAAAGAGUACGAUAUUUUUAUUUUUGUAACAAAGACAUAUUGGAGGAGUUUGAUAAAAUGGUCAGUAAUCAAAAAGUGAUGUUAGUGGUUUCUAUGGUGAUUUUAGAACAUUUCAAAUUUAUAAAUCAUCCAUGUUUUAAUAGUUAUGGUGAUAAAAUCAGAGCAUGGAAUGGUGAUAAAAUCAGAGCAUGGAAUGGUGAUAAAAUCAGAGCAUGGAAUGGUGAAAAAUCUGUUUCCUUUUUUUGUGUAGUUUAGUAUAGAAACGUACAAUUCUUUAACUAUACACUAAAACUAUAUUUUUGAUUGUUAAAAGACGCAAAGUAAAUUCUGUCUUCGUAAUGCUUAAGAAAAUGUAAAAGUAAUCUUAAAAAAUAAUCCAAUGUUUCAUUUAGUGUCAGGAAAAAAUGGAAAGAAUACAAAUUGGCUUAUUACCCGAAAGUUUGAACGGAGGAGCAUUGCUGUAUUAGUGUGCAAGAUUAAAAUAACGUGAUUUAUUUUAUUUUUUUCUAUUUAACCUUUUAGGUUGUCAGAUAAUUGAGUAGUAUUUGCUUAAAACAUCAUUGUGAUUUGGAAAUUAUAUAUUGUCUCCAGAAAAACUUUCCAUUUAAAUGUGAGUUUAGCCACAGAAGAUGUACCUGGAUUCCAAUCAUAAACAUUCAGUGGGUAUGUUUUUUAAACUAAGUACUUGACAUUCAUUUGUAAGAAAAUUGCACAUUUUGAGAGCAAAAAAAAGUAAAAUUGGAAAAAAUCUCCCAACUCUGUUUAGUAUUUUUAAAAUAUUUAGUUCCUUUUUUCAAGUCUUUUAAAGCGCACAUUUAAACAAUGCUUUUUGAAUAUAUUCACUUAUGCCUAAUUUUAUUACUGGUUCUUUCUCACAGCUGUAGUAUUGUGAGUGAAUGCAUGCAUUUAAAUGGACCUUAUAAUCUAAACAGUAUUUAUAAUUUUAUUGUAAUGAAUUAUAAAAAAAAAUCAAUGGACUCUGAUUUCCUUCCAUUUAAAACCAUGUGACACUGUAUGCAAAUAAACUAUAGUGUAUAAUUGUUCAUUGUCUUGUGUAUAUUUGAUCAAAAUGCUGCAAGUACAAUCUGUACCAUCUCAUGCUCAAAAUUUCCAUUUGCCUGCUGAUCUUUUGCAAGUGAAAAAUC